CUGUUGUUGACAUAUCUUGACCAUAGGGAGUGGACCUCCCCUUCUCUUCUCUGGAAUGUGACUCCAGAUAGGUGUGACGCGACGACUGAACACCAUGAGGUAUGGCAAUAAAUAUCGCGCGUCAAGCCCUGCGCUGGGCAGUUGCGACUUUCAUAAAUGAACGAUCCGCGGUGACAGGUACGGAAAAUGCAGUGGACGUGGACUCUUAUCGCGGCGCUAGCAACAGCCACCUCAGCUUUGCCUCAUGAAACGCGCAAGGAUACCUGGGGCAAACUCCGGUCAAACAUCAAACAUGUGGUCUACUUGAUGAUGGAGAACCACUCCUUCUCCAACAUCGCCGGAUAUUGGGACUUCCAUCCAGACAUCGACAACCUGCGCAAGAGAGACUACUGUAAUGAUUACACCAACCCCAAAUGGACGGUCUGGGAAGAACCUCUACAGAUAUGUGCGGCCCCGUACGAAACAGAAGUGCCCCUUGAAGACCCUGAUCAUGAAUUUGCUGGUGUGACAUAUCAGAUUUAUCGGAAAUGGAAUGUAACCAAUGACGAUGUUCCCAACAUGGGAGGCUUUAUUGAGCGUCAAUCGGAGAAAUACGACGCUCCUCCAGGAGAAUCGGCGUUUGUCAUCAAGGCAUAUGACCAGAAGAAAUCGUCCACUCUGGCUGAGAUAGCGCAAAACUUUGCGUUCUGGGACUCCUAUUUUGCGGAACACCCAGGGCCAACCAACCCGAACCGUCAAUUUGCUACGUCGGGCUCAACUUGUGGGUUUGUGGAUAAUACAGGGCAAGCAGCAGGGUUUUUCAAUAAUGUAACGGGGACUACUUGUGCGACUUCGAUUUUUGAAGCACUUAGUAACAAGAACAUCAGCUGGAAGAAUUACUAUGAGACGGAUAUUAUCGAUGCAUGGAUGUACAAGUGGGUCCAAGACAAUGCUGUCGACCAUCUUGCCCAUGCUAGCGAUUUCUAUCGUGAUCUAGAAGAAGGCGCAUUGCCAACCUUCUCCUAUAUCAACCCCGAGUGCUGCACGAUCGAUUCAAUGCAUCCCAAGAGCAAUAUGGCAGCUGGGGAGCAAAUGAUCAAGCACCUAUAUGACGCGGUUCGGAGAUCCAAAUAUUGGGAUAAUGUUUUGAUCAUACUUAACUUUGAUGAGCACGGGGGCUUUGCGGACUACGUCCCACCGCCUGUAAAUGUUCCCCAGCCUGAAGAUGGCAUCGCAUUCGACGGUGAAUCAGAAGGCCAUGCGGUCACAUAUGACUUCACUCGUCUUGGUAUCCGGGUCCCUUCCUUUGUUAUAUCCCCAUACAUCGAACCCAACACCUUAAUCCACGACGAAGGCACCAUGUACACUAGCAAUUCGGCGUACACCCACACCUCCAUGCUCCACUUCCUGCAGGAACUCUGGGAGUUAGAGGGACUCAAUAAUCGUGUGCAGUGGGCCAAGACCUUCGAGCAUGUAUUCACCGACACCAAACGCAAGGAUACGCCGGAGACUCUCAGCACACCGAUAUGGUACGGCAACAGCUGGGAACCGAAGCCCGAGCCGUUUUACCUCCUGAAUCAAGAUGAGAGCUACUACUCCAAACGGCCAUGAGAUUUGACAAUAUAAG